AUGUGCCAGCGCGACUGCGACGAGCUUGGCGCCGGAACGAGCUUCAACAACAACAUCAUCAUCAACAUCAACGUCUGCACAGUCAAAAGUCAGGACAAAGAUGGCGGAGUCAAAGGUCACGACAAGGAGAGCAAAAUCAACAGCCACGGCAUCAACAACAGAGCCAAGCGGGACAGGAAGGCCAAUGGCCACGCCACCGUCGCCAGAACCGAAAGUUACGACAACGAGGGCGGAGCCAAAGGUUACGAAAAGGACAGCAAAGCCAAGAGCUACAUCACAAGCAAAGCCAAACCCUACGACAACGACGCCAAGACAAGGAAAGCACCAAAAGCCUCAGCAUCACCGACAGAGCCAGAAGUUACGACAACAACGGCAGAGCCGCGAGUGAAGGCAAGGGCAGCAAAACCAAAACCCUCGGCAUCAUCGACAGGGCGAGAGACUAGGACAAAGACGGAAGAGUCAAAGGCAAAGACAAGAAAGCCAAUGGCCACUGCACCGACACCCACGACAACGACUGCAAAGGCAAAGGUUACGACAACAACAGCACAGCCGAAAGCUCCGACAAAGACAGCCAAGGUGAUGGCCCCCUCGAACGUCAGGAAGCAGGGACUCCUACCCACCACCUCCUCCUCAACCACAGAUUCGCGCUCUGCAAAACGACGGAAAACAAAAGCCGCAGGUGCACCAGAAGCACCAGGUACUGGAUCGGCGAUGGUGGAGCAGAGUUUAUUGUCUCGUCGUCCGGCAUUUGUCUUCGUCAUUCAAACCUCCUGGCUGCUGAAGCUCAGCGACGAGAUCUUGAUUUGGAUUCUGAUAUGGGUUCAUUGUCAAAAGUCGAUCUGCAGAGUGUCGAGUACCUGCAAACGACUCUGGAGCGUCGCCCAGGACCCAUAUUUGUGGAAAUACAUUACGCUUCACCACGACACGGCCCUCCGACGGCACUGGGAUACGCAACUUCACCCUCGACUCUUGUCAUCCAACAUCUACGAACUCAACCUCGUCGGCGAAAUCUCGUCGCCAGUCCUCAUUGAUACGCUCAAACUGGACCAGUUUACAGGACUCAGGACUCUUCGACUGGAGGACAUUCAAACCUACACCGUCUACCGACUCGCUAGCAGGCUGCCCUGGCUCAAGGUGUUUGAGGCCAGGAAGAUCAAGGGCAACAGUGACAGAUGGGAUUGGUCGCCCUUUAGCAACCUGACCCAGUUGGAGGAAUUGCUGCUCUGGAGGAACGAGAAGCCGAUGCAGACGUUCAGUCUUUCGGAAGACAUGAUGAUCGAAACGCCCGACGAUGUGUACCCAGGAGAUGGCGUCAAUGGCGGAUUUGGUGGGUUUGUGCAGUUGUCAAACCCGAACUCGCCUCUGCUGGAUUCUGAUGACGAGAUGGCUGAGGAUGAUGUUGAAGACGGAGGAGAUGAAGAUGGCGCGGAGGAUAUGGUGGAUACUGAGGGGAGCGUUACAGGAGAAUUGGGGGAGGGGGCCAGUGUACAUAGCAACCAGGGUUUGGGAGCAGGAACGGGGACAGGAACGGGAGGAUCGGACGACAGCGGGGUAUCGAUUACUCCCGUCAAUCAAAACCAACAACAAAAUCGCAAAACGCAGCGCCGGUUGAUGCCAAAACUCAAACGACUGGCGCUUGUCAACAUUGUGAGCCCGACAGCCCACCGCGGGACAGAUAGUGUUAUGCGAAGUCUGGUGUCUCGCGUUUCGACGUUUGUGCAUUGGAACAGCUUUAACAUUCUCUUUCCUGUGGUGCGGACUCAAUUCGACCGACUGGUACAUCUCACAAUGGUUGAACCCUGUGAACCAGCGUGGCAGGAGGCAACAUGGCAGGAACACGCAACCGCUUUCCGAACCAUGACAUCACUCCAGACGAUCACAUGGAUCAACCCACAUAUGCAGCGACGGUUCCUGAUUCCAAUUUUGGAUGUUUUGCUGUUGUCGCUCGACCGACUGCGCGUCAUCCAUUUGGUCUCGACGAACGACGACACACAGGUCCUGCAGAUGAUCCUGACGCAUGUUCUCGAGACGCAGUGGACAGGGCAAUUGAUGGUUUCGAUUCAAGAUGAUCUGGGAGCGGAUCCGAUUGUGAGGGGUUGGUGUGACAGUGCAAAGGAAGCUGUAAGAGUUGCGAACCUGGAUAAUGCGAUGAAGAGUCGGCCGUUGGCUUUUGUGGUCAAGCCAUUCCGCGCCGAGUGGGAUGAGGAUGCUGGGUUGAAACGACUUUGCCUUAAAGCCUGGCAACAAACCCAUUUUUGA